AUGGAUACAAGAAAGAAAAUUCUCAAGCAGUCCUCUAUAGAUGAAGGAGACAGUGUUUUGUUGAUAAGUAACAUAGAAUUCGAACAGGAUUCAGAUGUCAUUGCUUCUCAGCCCUUAAAAUAACUACGACAUCAAGUUGCCCGAGCCCAUUGAUCUAAGUUGGUUCCCUCAAGAUAGGUGCUAUGAUAAGCAACCUGCUAUCCUUGAGAGUUCAAGUGAACCUUGUGAUAAAAUCGAGGAAAAUAAGGAAGACCCAGUCUCUAGCUCUGAUUGCUCUGAAACUUCAAUUUUAGAAGAACAAUAUAUACCCAACCUCAAAAUGUACUGACAUAUUUGUAUUGAUGGAGGCACAGUUAUUCUAUGUGAUGCAUGUCCAAAAGUAUUCCAUAAAAGUUGACUGGGGAUCAAGAAAAUUGGCCGAAACGAGUGGAAAUGACCUUAUUGCACAGGCCAGAUGAUAGAUCAGUGUGCAAUAUGCCUGAAGGACUUAGUCCAGCAGCAAGAAAAGGACGAUGUACAAGUCAAAAAGAAGAGAGGAAGGCCAAGAAAGAAUCCAAUUGUUGAACCAGAAGAUAGCAAAGAAGAAGUGAAUAAAUAUGUUUCGGAUAGUUUCAAUAAAUUCACGCCUAUUAAAUGACCUCUUUGAGGGGUGUUCACUCAUCUUUCUUGUUUGGAGAUACCUUACUGGUGUGUGACUGUGCACGAUGGAAAAUAAUUACUCAGUCUGUAGAUGCUGUACUGAGUCUCGAGGAAUUGAGAAAUUUAUAGAUUCCAUAGAAGGAGAAGCGAAUACUCGUAGAAGGGAGACUAGGAAGAGCAAUAAAAAUCCGAUAAUAAAGAAGCAAUGUAUGUACUUAGCGAAACUAUGUAAAACAUCUUAUGCAAAUUGUGUUUGGAUGAAUUAUGAGCUAGCUCAGGAGCUAGAUGAGGAUCUUCACAACAAAUACUUAGCCAAUUUGAAACCACAAGAUCAUAAAAAGAUGAAGCCUUCAGGGAUUCCUCCUCGGUAUCUCCAGGUCGAGAAGGUGCUGGCCGUAAAGAUCUUUGAUGGGGAGGUAAAGAAGUAUUAUGUGAAAUGGAAAUAACCUUGGGUAUAAUAAUGCAACAUGGGAAUUCCCGGAAUUAGUGAAAGGAGUCCCAAAGAAGGAAAUGAAUAAGUGUUAUGGAUCAGGCCUCAAACAUCUUAAAGGGAUUGUUAGAGCUAAAGGAAGUGACAAGAGCAGACAGGAAGGAAAACAAAGCAACAAUCUGAAUAAGGCACCCCCAAAUAAACCUGAUGAGAAAAAGCAGAUAAAUAAUACGCAUAAUUCAUCAGAGCCCAACAACACUCCAAAACUGGAAGAUAUUUCAAAACUCCAAAAAUCAUCACGAACAACUAGGGCAACCUCAAAAUUUGAUUCUACCUUCCCAAACCUACCUAAACCCGUAGACACUCCAAAAGAUGAAUCAAAAAAUCCCAAAUCUUCAAAAGUCCCAAAAACAAGUCAAGCCAAAGCCAGAGUUUCUGACCUAGAGCCCAAAAAUGAAGGAGCCCCUUCAGGCUCAGAACCUCCUUCUCCAGGUCUAAAUAAGUCAAAAUCACCUCUUAAAAAUGCCUCUCAAAAUUCCUCUCAGUCCCAAGAGGCCUCUCAAGCUAAGGCUCAGUCCAAGUCUGCUAAAAAGAGAAAACGAAUUAUUUCAAAACCUAUAAUUGACCCAAAGACAGGCGAAUAUACCUUUGAAACGUACUUUGACGAAGAAGCCUUGAAGGUCUUGGGCCAAGUUUUAUGGGGGUUAAAGGGAGGAUACCAAAGAGAAGUGGUGAGAGAUCCUAUUACUCUCUCUCAACCUAGUCCUAACCCCAUGACCCAAGUUUUGAGCAGUUUACCAGAUGCCUUAGCCACUAGUAAAAUCCUAAUAUUCACAAAUGAGCUUGGAAUCUCACUCAAAUUUGAAUCCUUGAUGACCAAGCUAAGUUUAGAAUUCAGCAGUGUUCCCAAGAAGAAGACCUUAUAGGUGAGGUUUACAAGGAAAUUGAAACAGCCAGAUCUUUGGCUGAAGGACCCCAGAAGGGAGAUCACCAAGAGAAAUCGGCUGAAACAGGACUCAACAGCAGAAAUAAAAAAUUUAUGGAUAAAUUUAGAACAGAAGAGGCAUCUGCAAGGGUUUUUGUGUUCUUUGAGCAUGAGCAAGAAGGGACUAAUGUCGCCAUUUAUGAAGAAAAUCAGCAGAGUAUUCUCGCUUGCCUUUCCUUCUCAGAAGAUUACCAUGGAGAACUCUCAGAAUAUUUGGCGGAUAAAAUAGAAUUACUUCAUAAAAAUGCACAAAAAUUGUCAAACAAUGAACCUUCAGAAAACCAUGAAGAAGCAAGGGAGAGGGAAAAGCAUGCUCCAGAUAGUCCGAUGGAGAAAGAAUCGAUUAUAAUACAUCUAGAGCAAUCUGAAAAAGAUUUCCAGAGUCACAACAAUGAAGAAACGAAAAAUUAUCACCCCAAUAAUUCUCAUGCUGAUAUGCCUCAGGGUGCUCGGAAAGAGUCAUCGGAGGAAGAAAAGAUUGUCACUACUAGGACUCCUUACCCACGGAUUUUCGAAAUGAGCAAGAUUAACAAAUUCAAGAAAAUAGCUGAUCGGAAGGAAAUGGCAAAAUACCAAGGCAGUUCAUAUGGAGAUAUGAAUAGUGCAAACCAUGAUCAGCCAACAGCACAGAUGGUCAAACCAUUCAGAAUUGAAAGAGUAGGAUAUGAAGAAAGACUUAAGAGGAAGAAGAGUGACAUAGUCAUAGACAUGAUAGCCCUAGAGCAGGACAAGAGAGCGAGUAUAUUAGAAUAUGACCCUUCUCCAUUCUAUAAAUUCGAAAUGGAUAUGAUCAAGAAAGUCACUAACAAUAAGUUCAUCUGGACUCUAAUAGAGAUCAAUAAUGAUCGGACUGAGAAAUAUUGUUCUAUCUUAGGUGUCAACCGUCAAUACCAGAAGGAAUUCAUGAUGUUCAUCAUGCGAUAUGGAUGGAAGGAGGCUCAUAUCGAAAGUAUUUAUAAGAUGAUCAAGUUCAUUAGCAGAAAAUAAUCGCUAUGUUACCAUUCAAAAUCUUGAUUAUCCCACUUUUUAUAAGUUCGCAGUCAAGGUGAUUGAAUUUUUGAAAUUCAUGAAUCUUUUCAAAGAACUUAAGGAUAAGCCACACUUUAUUUUUAAUGGAAACUCAGCUGAGAAGGUAAUGUUUUGAAUCAAGAGUACCAGAAGAUUAGAGAAAAUGUAUUACAAUGGAGAGAGAAAUGAGAAUAAUUGCUUAUUCGGACAGGAGGAAGAAUACUUCCAAAACUUAAGAGAGAUUCAAAAGACUUACAACUGGAACCACAAGGACGACUUCAUCUUAGUUUCAUGUGUGCUUAACUUCGGCUUAUAUGACUAUACAAGAAUCAGUAAUGCUAAUCGAUGGCUAAAAACAAAUGAGAUUGUCCAGAAGAUCUCAUGUGAAAAAGGAAUUGACAAUAAUCCUAAUGCUAUUUUGAAGGAAUUUGGCUACAAAAUGCCUUGGGAAAGUCUUUACCAAAAAGUCUUUAAGUACGAUAUAGUGUCCGCCAAAAGAUCUCAUUAUCCUCCGAAUUCACUUAAGAGCCAAAUGGCGAUACUGAAGAACCAGCUUGAGAAGUUUUUAGAUCAGCGAAUCAAAAUUUUACUUAACCAUGAUUGGAAGAUCAGUGAAUAA